GAAGAGACACGAGCCAACCGUCGACGCCAACUGUCGUAAAACCAGAAGCAAAAACGCGUUGCUUUACGGCGAUGUGUCAUUUAAAAAAAAAAUACACAUGGCAUCCUCACUGAUUUGCAGCGAAACUCAGAGCAGGGUGAGCUCGGUGCUCAACAGAGACGUGAAGCAGUACGGGAAGAAGUUCAUGUUCGACUGCAACGAAGAGACGUGCUGGAACUCCGACCAGGGUGAAAGCCAGUGGGUGUCUCUGGAGUUCCCCCGACCGGUCAAGGUGUCUGAGAUAAAGGUCCAGUUCCAGGGAGGCUUCUCAGCAAAAACGUGCAGACUAGACGGUUGCCCAAAAGACGGAGCCUUUGCAGAGAUCAGCCAUUUUUAUCCUGAGGACAACAACUCUCUCCAGAGCUUUCCCAUAAAGGAGGCCCCCGCAGUGGACAAAGUAAAAAUAAAGUUUGAGAAUAGUGGCGACUUUUUUGGAAGGGUUAUUGUUUAUUCCUUGGACGUCCUGGGAGAAAAAACCUCAUGACCAUUUUCUUUUUCCUUUUCUCGUGAGAGAGAGGAAGUGAGUCUUGCGUGAAGUACGGGAUGCUCCGCGGUGUGGUGGCACUUGUGGGGGGGGAAACUUGUCGUCUGCGCCGCCACCUACAGCAACUGAUGUGAACGUGGCCUUUUUUGGUAUGGUCGCUCUCGUGGAAUCCGUCACAACAUCUCAACCCUCAGUGCUCCAACGCGGAUGUUGUGAGUGAAUAACAGAACGAGAAAUCAUUCUCCCCGUGCGCAGAUGGUGCCUGUUGAGUUAAAGUGCGAUUCCAGAGGAACACGGAGUAUAAAAAUACAUUUUUUUUAUUCAAACUUAACAGUGUUACAGUGAAAGUGUCUUUCAGCCAAAUAAAAACUGCUGCACUGUGUUGUAUUUUGGUCCUUAAAAUGCUUCAGUACAUUGUAAUACAAAGAAUGGAAAGACCACAAAUGGAAUAAACAAUUUUUAAAAAUAA